AUGUCCUAUAGGGCGCGAUACAACGAAGAGCCGAGCCCCAGCACUUCUGCGACCUUGCAUUCCGAUUACUUCUACGGCAGCCGACAUCACUCGACCGGUGUUCAAUGUUCCCCACAACCACCAGCCACAUCCAGCGGCUACCAGCGACGAAGCACUGAACCACAGCCGGCUACGCCCUCGACCAACUCGUCUUUAAGUGAUGCACUGUUGUUGGCGUUGCGUCGCAGCCGUCCGAACACCAGGUGAGUAUUUAAAUUUUGCACUGCAAAGCUUUAAAAAUAUUUCUUUAAUUUUUUGCCAUCAGUUGUCCACCAUUUUUCCCAAACUUUCUGCCCUAACUCUCAGUAGUUAGUACUCGUACAUAAACAUUGGUAUUUCACAUAGCUUACCACCGUCGCCUCCCCCAUCCCGCCCGUUUUUUACUGUUUCUUUAAUUAUUUAAAUUAAGCGCACGGUUUUAAAUAAAUUAAAAAAGGUAAUGAGAAUGGACAAGAAGAAGGAAUUUAUCCUCUCUAGGCGGAGCUGAUGCCAUUUAGCCUUAAGGCUGUCCGAAACAAUAACAAAAAACGGGGCCACGACUUUGAGUCAAAUAUGAAAUGAACGGUUUCUGGGAGUUUCGGUUAUGGCCCUAGAAUAGAACAGCCCCAAUAUUGGGAUAGGGUAAUUUGGCUUUUAAAUCGAAUUUCGAUAAUGGAACAAUUUUCAUUUAAUAGCCUAAAAGAGGGUAAAAUAAGCCUAGUUUAAGACCAAAAAACUGGUUUUUGAGCUGUUGUGUACUAACAUGAAUUUUUAUAUUUCCAAAUAAUACCAAAAGCCUCAAUGUUAAUAUAGAACAGCCAAUAUCUCAUUGUUCCUUGAACUUUUGACACACUUUCCCAGGCCGAAUUAUGGCACUAGAGCUUGUUACCUAAAAAAGCCAACUAGUGACCUAAUUUUAGCGGCCGAAACACUUGUCUACCGCCCCCUCCGGCUCUUUACGUCCCCCCGCGCGUUCACUGACAGUGCAUCUUCUGACUGGCCCAAAACAAACGGUGUCCUUUUAAGGCCGCGGAUUUACAGCAAUGUUCAUCCCUUUGCGCUUAAGCCCUUUCGGCCGCGCCGAAAAGUUGAGUCAUCCCCCCCCCCCCCCUUCAGGCAGUGGUCAUAAAAAAGACUGGGGGCGGAUUCGGCGUCGCCCACGGCGCGCCAAGUUCAACGCACUCCGGAGAGUAAAAAACCUCAUGCCCUCGGGGGGAUCGGGCCGAAUAGAGGCGCUUUUCAGCAGUGGGUAAUUCUAUCAAACCAGUUAGUCUAACUCCCAGUUUCAUGGCUAGGCCCAACCCAAAAAUCUGAUACCGCUUUGUUGCAUGCUCAUUGAUUGGAAAAACUUUUAUAAAUUGACAGAUUAAAGAUUAUUUUGAACUUUUUUACUUUCUGUAGAUGUAGUAGGAUUUCCAAUAUAUUCUGACCUUUUUUGUUUAGAGAUUGGGUCGCUUCGUAGUGCUUUUUAGGCUCAACGACUCAAAGUUUUAAAUCAAGUUUUGCGCUUUUUUACCUUUACAAUAUUUUUGCUUAAAUUUUUAUUUCGCUACACAAUAAUUUAAAAAGUUCAAUUUCUUGUUUUCAGGUUAUUCCGGGUACUCUUCCAAUACAUUCCAUUGCGCGACAGUCCCAACGAUAACCCCCACUUGGAGUUACCGUUACAGGCGGGUGAUUACUUGUUGGUUCAUGGACAGAUGGACGAGGACCAGUUCUACUUUGGCGAAACCUUAUCCGGCCGUACUGGAUUGGUGCCGUCAAACUAUGUAGAACGCAUCCCCGACCACGUCCUGCUACAGAACGCGUCAAGAGCGCCCAGCCCUCAAUGCAACUUUAACGCAUCGACCAGCACCAGCUGCGACUGUCAAGGCAACGUGAUGGCAUCCACGAGCGCAAUGGACCCGUGUGCACCACUUGGCAUUCAAACAGCGAAUCCACCUAGUGUGCACUAUUCGAACCCCGGAUCACGGUCUCAAUCUCGACCGACCUCGCGACAAGCCUCACGACCGUCGUCGCCCAGAAGUGCGGUGUUCGAGCCCACUCAGCACAGCCCUAGGAACGUGGAGCCCCUGCUGAUGGACGCUGGGGUUCCGUUGUUAGAUCAGAUUAGUCGCCCAUCGUCGCCGUCUUUCACUCUCAAUGUCCCACCUCAUCUGGCUCAAAUUCCUCAUGAUUUUACUGUAAAUUCAACCGACGCGCCAUUGCCCGAUUCCAUUUGCCCAUAUCCUCCCGUCGACGUAUCCAAAGUCAGUGUUCAAGAGAUCAAGAUUCCGGACAAACCCAAAAGUGAGAUUUUGAAAUUGAUUUAACUUUUAAAAUGCAAAAUUGUUAUUGAAUUUUAAAAUUCUCUUUUGUCAUCAAGUUGUUCAAUAUCAAAAAUGUAAAUUUAAGUUAUAUUCCUCAUACUUUAGGUGGUAAAACUUUUUCCUGUUUAUGCUUGAAAAAAACAAAAUAAUUUAAACAGCGAUUACAUCAUGUUGAGGAUUAGAUUAUAUUUAUUCUAUGAAAUAGAUUAGGGCCAGUCAAAAGUCCUUCGUCAUGGAUUUCCCCAUGCCUUGUCCCUUUUCCUCCUUUAGCUCAUUUCGUUCUCGAACAGAAUGACCCAGCCAACCUUUAUAUACCUUAUAUGCUUAGCCUUUAUAUAUUGUAUAUUUAGCCUCUAUACGUUAUAUGCCUAUCUCUAUUUAUAUGCCUAGCCUCUAUACCUUAUAAUGCCUAAAAACUAUGUCACCAUGCUUGUAGGUAUUAGGCAAAAAGUGCAAAUAUUUGUACCCUUUCACACAGACAUGGGGCCGGGCUAACUAAUGCGACAAGAAAAGUUUUUGUUUGUUUCGGGUGCCUAUCUUGGCUCUCGAAUUAAACCGGAUCUCCUUUUCUAGCACCGGCAGCGGUGCGGUCCUGCGGGUUAGGAAAGUUUUUUGUUUUCCCACUUUUUCUUACAAUUUUCCCAGUCUUGAGAGUUUCGCCAGUUUACCACGUCUUUUAACUUCAAACUGAUUGAAAUCCGGGCAUAAUAAAGUAACUAUGGUAAUUGCAAAUGCAGACUUGCUGCGGGUUUUGUAAAGUUGGGGUUUCGCGGCGUAUACCUUUUUGCAAAAGUUGCAAACUGAGCUUUGAUUAAGUUGCUUAAGCCUUGGUUAAUAUACUCAACCAGUUAGUAAACUGUUGGUCAUUUGUCAAAGUUAUUGACCCCUGGUUCAAUUGUUAGUCUUGUUUAAUUACUCAAGCGCUGUAAAGUUUCUCGCCCUAAGCUAAGUUCAUAACUCCAUAUAUGAUUUGCUUGACCCCUGUUUAUCUUGUAAUGACCCUGUUCGGAACGUUGUGCAGAUUGCCCAUUACAUCCCCAAAAACCAAUGCUUUAUUCGAUUUACACUUUAUUUACUGUCAACUCUUUCAGUAUCAGCACCCCGCGAACUAACGGUCGAGAAGAAACUCAGCCGAAGUGUGGUGUUGUCGUGGCUGCCACCAGACGAUCAACUCACCACCGUUUCGCAGUACCACGUUUGUGUGGAUGGCGUGGUGAAGGCGGUGGUUCCGGGAACGUACAAGUGCAAAGCCUUAAUCGAGGACCUUAAUCUGGAUAAGUCCGUGAAUGUGUCCGUACGCUCGGUAACCGAUCAGGGCCAUAGUUCGGACGCGGCGUGCACGUUGGCAAUAGGUGCAGAAGCACCGGUAGCUCCACAACACGUUCGUGUCGCCAAGAUCACACCGGUCUCGGCAUGUGUUAGCUGGUAUCCCUCCAACAGCAACGCCGAGCACGUUCUCCUUUUGAACGCCAUUAAAAUUGGAGUUUGCCCUCCGGCUGUUUACCAGGUGAGCCAUUUAAAGUCCACUUUCAUGAAUGUAAAAAGAGAUUUGGAGAAUGUUUAAUAUGUUCGUUCCAACAUUAUGUUUCAUGCGACCCAAGUUACUUUUUCUGGAGUUAUUUGUGUUAAUUUCAGGUCCAUCUGUUUGGUCUUUCCCCCUCGACCAUUUACCGCGUUUCUGUACGUACAAAACACCCUAAGGCCGUCCUAGAACAAAGACCAGUGGAACGUUGUGUUGACUUCAAAACGCUUCCGAAAAGUAAGUAAACUGACAAUCUUUUUUGGAGCGAAUAUCUUUUAUCCGCUUUUGCCAGAGUUUGAUAACAUCCCUUGCCAUGGCCUCGAAUGCCAGGUUAGCACUCCGUACUCCGGAAACAGUAUUAAUAAGUUUCUUUAAAUCUUAAAAUAGCUACCGAAAGGGGGGGGGGACGAAGGAGAAAGCCGUUACUCCAUCGUUCCAUCCGGCUUGUCGUUCGGUUUCUGGCCAUUCUGGACAAGCAAUAGUGGUUGCCAAAGGCCAAAGAGGAACACGAAGGACGACAGAGUGCAAUGCCGUCUUCUUUCUUCUUCAGACUUGAACACGCUUAUCUUUGACGCCGUUUCCGGCAUUGAGCCCUUUUCUUUUUCGGUUGGGUGGGAGUUUUUUGCGUAAACGGUGGGUACGCCCAACAAUGGGCCCGUACUUUAUAUGAUUAAAGCAAUCUAUUAGUCACGGAUUCCUUGCAACAUUAAACCCCAAAAUAGGCCUAACUAUUGGUUUGCAGUUGGACUUCCGGAUCCCCCGUCGAAUGUUCAGGUGGACUCUGGACCACAACCGGGCACAUUACUGGUCUCGUGGAGGCCGGUUAGUACGCAACCUCGCCCGCCAAGCCGAGCAGCAGUACAUUCAUAUCUUGUCUACGCCGACGGCCAAAACAUCGCUCAAAUUCCAUCAGCAACUGGUGAGUCAUACCUAACUUUUGCUUUUUUUAAUUUCCUAUUAUUAUGUGGCUUAUUAGUUUUUAAGUCUUUAUUCUAAAAUGCUUUUUAAUUAACUAUAAUGCUUUCUGUUGUAGCCGACCACAUUCUACUAAGACUAUCCGACUUCUCCGACGAUCCUCCAAUCUUUAUCACUGUGCGAACUCGAACUCGCGAAGGAGCCAUAUCAGCCGAUUCCAACGUUGUUCGAGUGCCGAGAAACGUGCUGGGGUUACCUAUUUGCCCGUCGACAUCAAUUGAUAAUCCUGAGAUGCCAUAUGGAAUGCAGCCAAUCCCAGUCUAUAAUCCUCAACCCGGUCAGCCAGCCCCAUUAGGUAUGAACAACGUAAUGAGUGCGUGCGGAUACGAGCAUAACCAACAUGCAACAACGUCAAAUGUAAUCAACGAGCCCGGCUUGUUAACCAUGAUGCCGAAUGUCGUACCGGUAACCAGUGGCCAGUUCACGAAUCAGCCUAGCUACUACUCAUAUCCAACAACAUCAAGAUAUGUGAAUCCUGCCCAAGCUGUAAUGAACCCAACAGACCCUGCCACUGCCAUGUACCAACCGACCACCUUCGAUCAUGUACAUACGACUCACACCGAAGCUCCGGUUAUCUUCCGCCCCCAGACGAUGAAACCUCAUCCUCACAAGCUUCUCGGACGCCAAAGUACAAGUGCCUUGCUCCAGAAUAGCGGAUCUAUGAGCCUGCCCAAGUACGCAUCCAUGUUCGAGGUAAGAAUUUUAAACAACUUAACGACGCCAAUUAGCGUUUCUAAAAUUCACUAACAAUUAUCCUUUUUUAGUGGAAACAGCCUCAACAACCACAACAACAACAAUAUUACACAUUCCAUCCGAAGGCGUUGUACAAGGAGUACACGGCUACGGAAGAGAAGCCUAGUGUUCUUGAGAUGGAGAACAAUUAUUUACUGAGGCAUCGACAACAACAGCAGCUAAGUAAGCCGACCAGCUACGAAAUGUGGCCAACUGAAGCUCGUUACGAUAUUUAUGGCCGCGAUCACAUCGGCGGCCGAGUAAUGCCAAGCGGAAAGCGAAUUGGUCCCUCCAUGAUGACGGCCAGUAAUUUUGAACCGCGAUUGAAUCGGGUACGAUCAGAAGAGAUGCUCGGCACCCGCAGCGAGCCCGAUCUUCGACCAACUCCGCUGGACGACGAGAACUGCCGUUGGUUUGUCGCCUUAUUCAAUUACGAUCAUCAUAUGUCUCCAAAUCCCAACGCAGCUCAAGAAGAACUCUCCUUCCGCAAACACCAAUUGAUUAAGGUGUUUGGAGAAGUGGAUCAAGACGGCUUCUACAGAGGUCAGAUCGGUCGACGCUAUGGACUGGUGCCAUCCAAUAUGGUAAUAGAAAUUGCCAAAGAUGAUGUUGCAUCACAUCCACGACGUUUACCUACAGAAGCGGAAUACAAAGGAACGCUGCCAAGAACGUUAGAAAGGUCGAUGGACAGAACGUUAGACAGGAGUAUAGAAAGACCAGUCGAUCGCAUGGAUCAUGCAGCAAGACGUAGCAGAUGGGGUUCUAUCAAAUCUCGUAGUUACGAUUACCCUGAUCGACGACCUUAUCAUUCGAUUGGUCAUGGUGCAGAUGAAUAUUCAUCUCUGGAUCGAGAUCCUCAGCUUAGAGGACGCCAUUACGACUACUAUGAUGUACAAGGAUAUCCAAGUAGCGGGAUCAGAGCUGGUGGUUACGCUCCAAAAUAUUCAAGAACUAAUGGUUAUGGGAGAUCAGCAAGUUACGAACCAAGGGGUGGACCUCUAAAAGAACCUAGAGACAUGAAAGAUCCACGAGAUAUGAAAGACCAUCGUGAAAUCAGAGAUCACGACAGCAGAGACACCCGUGAGCGUGAUUACCGUGACUUACGAGAACCAAAAGAUCCCCGCGACAUUCAUCAUCGACGAGACGGACCACCAACAAGAAGGCCAGACCACUACGAAUAUGAUUACCGACGAGAAGGUGGAGCUACAGUGCAGAGAGGAGAAAGAUACGACUACUCUUCUGAUCGACCACCAGUUGGACGUACUAGGAAACAUGAUUAUAGCGAUAGAUACGAAAAGAAUAGACCAGAGUAUUACGACAACGGGUAUGCACAGUCUUCUUCACGAGCUCCAGCACAAGACCAGUAUCAACAUCAGAACUCACAAGAGAACGUUCCACCUCACAUUCAACAAGAACCUUCAGUAGCUCAACUUCCACCUCAACAACAACCACAAAAGUUCCAAGGUAAUCAUGUAGGGCCGCCUCAAGGGCAACCUCCCCAAGCACAACAACAACAACCACAAGCUGUUUCAAGUUUCGAAGAGAGCUUGAAGAACAUUGACCGUCUCCCAACAACUAAAAUGGUCGCUAAAUAUGACUACGAUUCUAGACGGCUAAGCCCCAAUGUUGAUGCUGAACAAGUAGAACUCAGCUUCAGAGAAGGCGACAUCAUAACAUUGUACGGUGACGUGGAUGAAGACGGUUUCUACAUUGGAGAACUGAACGGAGUUCGUGGUCUGGUGCCAUCAAACUUCCUCCAACCCAUGGGCAACUCACUGAUGGCUUCGAACGUGCCACAACAAGCCACAUCCGGCAUAAUGGCCGGGCCAGUUGGAGCAUACGGACCAACAACUGGUACCGAGCAGCAACGACCCAAAGGAGUCGCAUUUAGUGAUACCGCAAAGAAGGCGCCACCUAUUCGUCAAACUAGCCAGACGUCCGCCAAAAACGUUGGAGCUGGAAGCACAGCUACACCGAAUGCAAAGCCAAAAAGCUCGGGUACAGGACAAACGGGUAUGGUAAACAAAGCGGGUGCAAAGAAAUCGGAUCCAGGUAAAGCAAAUAAUGUUGCUAACAAUGUCCGGAAGCCAUCGCAAGCAGCUAAAAAGGAACCCGGAAAAGUGAGUUUGCAGACUGACCAUAUAAAUUUUAAAAACUUAUCGGCUAAUCCAGUUUUUUCUCAAACAAAAUUACAAAAACACGAUGUUAUACUUGAUAAAUUUUUAAAAUUUCCACCAAAACCUUUAAAACGCUUACAUUUGAACAAAACUUACAUGUUUUUUAUCGUUCUUAACAUGACUAUCAUAAUUAGGUAACAAUAACAUCAUUUACCAAAACCUUUAAAACGCUUACAUUUGGACAAAACUUACAUGUUUUUUAUCGUUCUCAACAUGACUAUCAUAAUUAGGUAACAAUAACGUCAUUUUCAGAAGAAGUAA